AUGACGGCUCAAUCCAUUUCCAACCGCUAUAUCAAGCUGGAGGACCUUCGCAGCUUGCUACAGAGCAAAUUCGGCGCGGGCAAUUUCAAGAUACGGGAAGAAGAUGAAAGCUACGAGAUAGAAGUUCCAAGCAUUCUUUCCGAGUCUGAAAUCAAGUCGAUACAAAAGUAUUAA